UUUUGUGUAACCGAAAGCAAAGAAAAAGGAAGCGGAGGCGCGCAGGCUUUGCUGAGCUCGUUGUUCCGCAUUUGUUGCUCGCACAGAUCACAGCUCUGGUGUCACUGCACUUCUUGUGUUGUUAGGUUUUUGUUCAGGGCCAGGUGCUAACAGGAAAUAUGUUGUCUUUAAAGAUGGCGCUCACACUUUUAUCCAUCCUGACGGCUGCCGUUGGAGUGACCCACUGCUUUCCGACUGUCUUCCAAGACCUGGAGGACAAUGGUGGAAACAGAACCUCCAUCAGGUUCCUGGCUGUGGGCGACUGGGGAGGGUUACCGUACCCACCAUACGUCACUGCCGUGCAGAAAACGACGGCUCGGGAAAUGAGCAAAGUAGCGGAGCAUAUGGGAGCGGACUUCAUUCUGGCCCUGGGUGAUAACUUCUACUUCAGAGGUGUGGACAGCGUUGAUUCCCAGCGGUUUCAGGAAACCUUUGAGUCCGUGUACACGACCAAGCCCCUCCAAGUACCUUGGUAUGUUCUCGCUGGCAAUCACGACCAUGCAGGAAACGUGAAAGCUCAGAUUGAGUACACUCUGAAAUCUGACAGAUGGAGAUUCCCCUCGUACUACUACGAGCUAAACUUCCGCAUCCCCAACACGGGGAAGACUCUGACCAUCAUCAUGCUCGACACGGUGAUGCUGUGUGGGAACUCCAACGACUUUGCGGACGAGAAGCCCAGAGGACCCCUGGACGCCUGGCAGGCGACCCGUCAGCUGCUCUGGCUGCAGGAGCGACUGGCUCGGUCCAAAGCGGACUUCCUGUUGGUGGCGGGCCACUAUCCGGUGUGGUCCGUGUCGGAGCACGGGCCCACGGAGUGUUUACUCCAGAGUGUGCACCCUCUGCUCAUUAAACACAACGUCACGGCGUACUUCUGCGGCCACGACCACAACCUGCAGUACCUCGAGGAGUCGGGGGUGGGCUACGUGGUGAGCGGCGCCGGGAACUUCCUGGAUCCUGACAUCCGUCACUGGAACCACGUCCCCAAAGGGUCUUUGAAGUUCUUCACGGGCCAGGCUUCGACCCUGGGAGGCUUCGUUCAUGCGGAGGUCUCCAAGAACAAGCUGGUCCUGACGUUCUUCCAGGCUAAAGGCGUGUCUCUGUACCGCACCGUCCUGACCCAGAGGACGAUUCAUCCGUCAGACGGCAACUGA